AGGCUAUUCCAUAGGUAUCAGUUAACAAUGAAGAGUUCGACCUAUUUAUUGCGAAAAAUUAUUUACAAAGACCAAGAAAAUACCAUAACGACGUAACUCUCGGAAAUUAUGUCGAAUUUCUGCUAUUUCGUGGACCUGUACUGGCACCAAUUAACAUUCAAAGCAAGGCCCCUCCCAGAUGAUAUCCUACUUGGAGGACAGACAGCCAUUGUGACGGGUUCGAAUGUAGGCCUCGGCUUUGAGGCGGCUAAGGAGUUAGCAUCACAUGAACUUUCGAGGCUCAUCUUGGCAGUGCGCGACCCGGCCAAGGGUGAAGCAGCCAAGGCAGAAAUUGCACGAGUAGCGCCUAAGUGUGACAUCCAAGUUUGGCAGUUGGAUCAAGAGUCGUGGGGAAGCAUGGUGGCGUUUGCAGAACGCGCACGCACCGAACUUGAUCGCCUCGAUAUCACGCUACUGAAUGCGGGGUUAAAGCGACUCGAGUACACACGGUCGCCGACGAACCAUGAAGCUCAUGUUCAGAUAAACUACCUUGGCACAGCAUUGCUCUCUUUGCUUCUCAUAGAGCCGCUACGGCGUACAGCACGGCAGACGGGUAAACCUGGUCGGAUAACCAUCACGGCAUCGAGCGUCGGGUUCAACGCGCCCGUCCGCGACGUUCUGAGCCCGCAAGGGGGAAGUUCCAUCAUCAACUGGCUUGACAACCCGGCCUCAUUCGUACCCGGUGAAAGCCGCUACUGUCUUUCUAAAUUGCUCGAUAUGUUUUGGACUCGAGCCCUAGCAUCUCGCCUUGACGCUAGCGACGUCGUUGUUAACACCCUCAACCCGGGAUAUUGCCAAAGUGCUUUCCACCGCGUCGACCCGACGGCUGAGAAGGCUUCGAAAUAUUUCGCCUUUACCACCGUGGAAGGUGGCCGCCACUUGACCGAUGCCGCCGUGCGCCACCCGGACAGCCAUGGGGCAUAUCUGAGCGAACAGAGAAUUCGAUCGUUCUCUAAAUUUAUACUCUCAACCAAAGGCGAAGAAGUCCAGCAGAAGCUGUGGGACGAGACAAUAGCGUUAUUUCGAGAAGAAUGCCCGGAGGCGCAUAUUGGGGAGUUCGCUAAGGGCAAGUCAAGUGUUGAUCGAUAGAGAGGCACAAUGCCAUGGUUAGUAUGCACUUACAUAGCAUUUAACAACAACAUUUAGCGAUGAGUUAUCAGCUAGUCUGUGCUUCUCCACGACUGACGGCACAAAAAUGUAAUUAGGAAACGGACCGAGGCAAUUCUUAGAGCUUGGGCUAGAGAAUUUUCAUAAUUGCAAUAGAGAGAAUGUUACUUUCUUAGUCUUAUCUAGAACCAUCACACUUGAGAGAUAAUAAGACAUGUGGAUUGAUGAUGACCGUGAUGAUGAGCUUCAUAUUUCCAAUAGAUCCGAGUUAGCCGGAGGCUCGAGAGUUCUAACAUUGCAGUAAGGAGACGAUGAAAUUGACUAGGUCACUGCUGACGCUUGGUUUAGCGAUAACAGAGGAAAAAUAUGCCAAAAAAUCAUCUGUGACUCAGAUCCAUCUCAUCACUGGAUUAACUUUCUCAGUCUGACUCAACCAAGACU